CAGUUUCACUGGCAUAAUUAAAGUGAAGAAGGCAAUUACAUUAGUGAGUGGUUGACGUUUGUUCUUAGCUGUAACAAAAUCAGUUUCACAAGCAUAAAGUGAAGAAGGCAAUUACACUAGUGAGUGGUUGACGUUUGUUCUUAGCUGUAGCUAUUUUAAUUGUGUAACUGUAAGCUGGAGGCUAAAGCAAUAAAGGGAUACGGUUGCCCAUAUCGAGUGGUGAAAUUUGACUGACGGUGGGUCAUGGCAUCGGAAAUCAAGUUUGAUGAACGUGGCUUUGCUCGAGUCUCGAAGGAAUACAAGCCUAACAGAGCAGAGAGUGAGGUGAUCUCAGCAAGUAGUAGACGGGCUAUUUUUGGUGGUGCUGCCAGCACAGCUCUAAUUGGUGGAACGACAUACGUUGCCUUUGCCACAUUCAUGAAAGACAAGGCUAGACUGCCGUACCUGCGAAGGAAUCUGCUCUUGGUGUCGCCAGUGGUGUUCUUCCUCAGUGCUUCCCGGCGCAUGGCCCUGGAGACCAGCAAGCAGCUGGAAUCUUUGCAGGACUCGCCACUCGGCGAGGUCAUUCGUCACAACCGUCGCCUUGCCUCAGAGCACGUCCAGUCUGGCAUGGGUCAGCGUGGUGCGCCAACAAGGACAGAAGCGCAGAACACCGCGUCGAGAGGAGGUUCAUCCUUGGGCAGCGAGUUUGACAGACGUGCAGAUGCCAAGGCCAACACGCAGGAGUACGAGUUUGAGCGUGAGAAUGUUCAGAGUCAGACAUCGGGCGGUUACAUUGGCGGCCUGGACGCUGAUGUUUCCCGGCAGUCACAGCUAGAUUCGAACACAGCUGCGCCCUCUUCGUCCGCGGUCACAAUGGCAGAGCUGCGCAACCGUAAUCGGGGUGCUCACCACCCACUACCGUCUCAACCUUCUCGGCCACUAUCUUCGAGCACACCAUCUAUGGAAUCGUUUGAAGAGGAUAAUUUCAAGCCGUCCUCCGACAACAUACGCAGCAGUCGAGGGAAAUCUGGUAGCAAGUAUGGUGACUCCGGCUUUUCUUGAUCAGAGCUAUCCCAUCCAGUCUGUCAGUCAAGAUGCUUUUCAACUAUCCUGGCAGAACCGUGUAGUGUGUGAACAGCUUCUUUUUUUUAAAUACUCAAUGAACUACCAUUUUAGACAGUCAUUGUCAACGUUUCAUAGAGAUUUGAGUAGUAAGACAUCCUUGUCUAGGCCCAUUUAAGUCUUUAGCUUCCGAAUUCCAUGUCUUGUCAGCAUGGCCAUGUUGAAGCACAACCAGGCCACAAUGUUUCUAUUUCUAGUGACUACUCCCUUCUGUUGAAUGAGGUGGCCGAGAUGGACCUCUCUUUCCCGCUUUCAUCGUGAAUAUCCACUAGCUUUUUUCAAUUCUGAUUGCACGCAUCACUGUAGAUGCACUAAUUGCCAAAUGACAUUUUAUCCAGACUCAAUUUGCCACCAAAGUACAUGACUGUAUUCUACAUGAAGCAAUUGAACUACACUGUACAAUCAUGUUUUUCGAUUUUGACAGCAUGUUACAAGGCGAGGACGCGUAGUGCUCCUGACUACAACCAUAA